AUGGAACGUAGAGAACUCCAGUUAAAGAUAUGGUUGACGAUAGUGCAGGUACAGCUCAAGCCUUUAAUGGACCAAGUCAGUUGGGUAAAAGACAUGCCUGUUCCAGAAUUUGGCAGUCUUCAAGCGUGGGAAGCUAGAGCUAGUGCUGCUGGGCGUGCAGCUAACGGAGAUAUCAAUGCUGGUGAUUCAAAAAUUUCUCAGCUGGGAUAUAAUGGAGCACCAAUGCCUUACAGUGGAGAUACUAAGGUUGUUGUUGACUUCAAUGGUACCGAGGUUAAAGGAGAGGGUGUUAAGUCUGAAAAUGAAAGUGCAUCUUUAAAGGUUUUGCCUCCAUGGAUGAUUACAUCAGGGAUGAAUCUUACAAAGGAACAACGUGGAGAGGUGAAGCAGGAGACAAAGAUGGAUGGGACUUCAGCUUCUGCAGCAACACAAUACACGGAUGACAAGAAGUCAAUGGUUGAGCAUGAUGAUAAUAAAAAUAUACAGGAUGAAUAUAUUAAGGCUUAUUAUGCUGCUUUUCUUAAGCAACAACAUGAAAUGGAAGAAGCUGCAAAAAAUCAAUUGUCAAAUACACAUGCAGCAGAUGAUCCUUCUAGCAGUACUUCCAAUCGUCAAGUUGGCAUGAAAUCAAAACGCGAGGAUGAUGAGGAAGAUGAUGAUGGUACUGAGUGGGCGGAGGCUCCAAUUGGAGGCAAUGGAAAUGAAGGUUACAAGGUCAAUGACUUGAAUGUUCAAGCUGAUGAUGUUCCACCAGAUGAUGAGGAGGAGGACGACGUUGACUGGGAGGAAGGUUAAUGAAAAAAAUUAUCUGAUCAGUGUGAAUGUAAUGGCUUAUUGUAAUCUGCAAGGGCAAGUGCUCAUAUUAUAAUUCUGCUCCAAAUUAUGUACCUCAAGACCGGAGGUAACUGCUCAUUAUAUUAUUGGUUGUGCAUGUUGCUGUGGUGAUGCGUCCGUUGUUUAAGAGAAGGUGCGCAGUUGACUUUGAGUUGUUUAUCAUCAUAUUUUGGAUGACCAACAACUAUACUUUUAAACUUCGCAUGUUAUGACCGUCCAAUGAUAGUGCCUCUAGCUUCAUUUCAUUAUGAUCACAUUACUAUUUACCAGUGGAUACAUAGAUUUGUGAAUAGUGGGCCAUCCCAAUGUUUUACCUGUGGUGCUGCGCACACCAAUGAAGAAAAUUGUGAGCCGUGAAUUAUAUCUACCUGUUCCAUUCCCGACAAAGCCCUUCUUUUAGCAAAGUCCAUCCAAGUUGUUGUUCAUUUCCGGAAGAUAUACAAAAGGUUUAAAGUGAGGUGUGCAGUUUGUUCAUUGUUGGCUCGCAUCUUCAAUU